GAUAGGCCAUAAUAACCACCCAACAAGGCGUUGUGCUACUAUGGGGGGAAUACCGAACCGAACCGAGAGUAAAUACGGUUUUGUUUUAGUUUAUGGUCAAGAUACAGGCUGAAAAUUCACCGGAAUGUCGAUGCAAGUGGAAAUGACGGAAUAUUGAGGAUUUAAUGUGGAUGUUGACGUCGACCCGUGCGUAAUGAGCAGAGUUGGAAAAAGAAGGUGUUGAGCUGCAUUUUUUUCUUCUUCUUCUUCCUCUGCCACAGACAAGUUUGAUCAGAGUACUGUCGAAACUACGAGGUGAUACGAAGGAAAAUAAUGGCUACAAAGCUCUUCACUUUCCGACAUGGCAGAAUGGGCCUGGGGCUCUGAGGAUGCUUCAGAGGAUCCAUGCCCGACCCACUACUGAGGACUGAAAGGAAUACAUAGUCUGAGCAGAAUGACUCAGCAAGAGGGGGGACCCCCAUGUAGCAAGUGAAGAGACGUGAGGAUGGGUGCCAAUGGAUCCAGCUAUCCACAUUCAUGCUCCCCACGCAUAGGGGGAAAUUCACAGGCACAGCAGACUUUUAUAGGGACCUCAUCCUACUCUCAGCAGGGAUAUGGCUGGGAGUCGAAGCUGUAUAGCCUGGAGCACGGCCAUGAGCGUCCCACGGACAGGAAAAAGAAGAGUCUUGGUCUGGCAACUCUCAAACGGAGGUUCAUCAAAAGGAGGAAGUCCAGCCGCUCAGCAGAUCAUGCGCGACAGAUGCGUGAGCUUUUGUCAGGAUGGGACGUUCGUGACACAAACGCACUGGUCGAGGAAUAUGAGGGAACAGCAGCCCUCAAGGAGCUGAGCUUCCAGGCCAGCCUGGCUCGUGCAGAGGCACCCAGCUUGCAGCGGGAUCUGGCUGCCCUCUACCAGCACAAGUACUGCACUGAUGUAGACCUCAUCUUCCAAAGUACCUGCUUCCCAGCUCACAGGGCCAUUUUGGCUGCUCGCUGCCCCUUUUUCAAGACAUUGCUUUCCUCAUCCCCUGGUUAUGGAGCAGAGGUUCUCAUGGACAUUGAGACAGCUGGCAUCGAUGUUCCCAUGUUUUCUGCCCUCCUUCAUUACUUGUACACUGGGGAGUUUGGGGUGGGUGGAGCAGAGGACACAAGGCUGCAAAAUGUGGAUGUACUAGUUCAGUUAAGUGAGGAGUUUGGUACACCUAACUCCCUGGAGGCAGAUAUGAAGGGCUUGUUUGACUACAUGUGCUACUAUGACGCUCUGCUCAGCUUCUCCUCAGACUCUGAGAUGAUAGAGAGCUGUAAUGAGAGAGGGGCUGUGGCUGCAGCACCAGCAGCGGGCUUAGGAGGCAGCGGGGCCCCAGGGACCCCAGACGAGGACCUCAGAGCACACAAGGCUAUUCUCUCAGCACGCUCCCCUUUCUUUAGGAACCUUUUGCAGAGACGUAUUCGCACAGGAGAGGAAAUGACGGAGCGCACGUUGCAGACACCCACCCGAAUAGUCUUGGAUGAGUCCAUCAUCCCACGAAAAUAUGUGCAGGUCAUUCUCCACUGCAUGUACACAGAUGUAGUUGAGCUAGGGCUGGUGCUCCGUGGCAGCCCCUCAGCUGGUAGCCUCGGUGAGGUGCAAGCCCUUGUUUCAGGGGGCCGUGGUGCCAGCACACGUACUGAGGAGGCCAUGGAGCUGUACCAUAUCGCUUUAUUCUUGGAGUUCAACAUGCUGGCUCAAGGAUGUGAAGACAUUGUUGUGGAAAGCUUGUCUCUGGACUCUCUUGUACCUAUUCUGAAGUGGAGUUCCCAGCCCUACGGCUCUAAGUGGGUCCACAGGCAGGCCAUGCAUUUCCUCUGCGAGGAGUUCAGUCAGGUCGUCUCCUCUGAUGUUCUCUACGAGCUCAACAAAGAACACCUUCUCAGCGCAAUACAGUCUGACUAUCUACAGGCGAGUGAACAGGACAUUCUCAAGUAUGUUGUUAAGUGGGGUGAGCAGCAGCUUAUUAAGAGGAUGGCAGACAGGGAGCCCAACCUGUUGAGCGGGACAGCCCACAGUGUUAACAAGAGGGGAGUGAAAAGGAGAGAUCUGGAUGUGGAAGAGCUAAAGGAGAUCUUGUCUCCCCUCCUGCCCUUCAUCCGGACUGAGCACAUCUUGCCUCCCAACAGUGACGUCCUCGCCGACGCACUUAAGAGGGGUUUGAUAAGCACUCCACCUUCAGACAUGCUGCCCACAGCCGAGGGGGGGAAAGCCAAUGCCUGGUUACGCCAGAAGAACGCGGGCAUUUAUGUGCGUCCUCGCCUAUUCUCUCCUUAUGUGGAGGAAGCUAAGUCUGUGCUUGAUGAAAUGAUGGUGGAGCAGACAGACUUGGUGCGUUUACGACUAGUGCGCAUGUCCAACGUCCCAGACACACUCUACAUGGUGAACAAUGCUGUGCCCCAGUGCUGUCAUAUGAUCAACCACCAGCAAAUGGCAGUCAACUCAAGCACAGCUCCUUCAGUUGUGGCUAAUGAAAUCCCAGUUCCUUCGCUGUCUGUAGUAAAAUAUAUGAUCCGGAGGCUGCAUGAACUGAGACACACAGAGCAGGUCCAGAGAGCUUAUGCCCUCAACUGUGGUGAGGGAGCCACAGUCAGCUAUGAGCUACAGCUGCGGGUGCUAAGAGAGUUUGGUCUGGCAGAUGGAGCCACUGAGCUACUUCAGAACCCAUACAAGUUCUUUCCAGAUGAGCGGUUUGGAGAUGAGAGUCCAAUUCUGGCCCUGCGCCAGGUGGGUCGUUGUCGGGUAAACAGCAGUCCAGCCAUGGAUAGCAUGUUCACAGAGCUGGAAGGGGUGGCAGGCUUCCACCCACCCCUACCUCCUCCACCUCCCCCAUACCACCCCCCUGCCACACCCAGUCAUGCUCAGCUCAAGGGUGCCUGGCGACCUCGUGUGCCCUUGCCGACUCCGACCAGAUCCUUCUCCUAUCCCUGUAACCGCACUCUGAUCCAGCGCCAUGCAGCCACUAAGCAUGGCAGCUCAGAGUACUCCUCUGUACCCAGGCCCCAGCCCCCAGACUGCACCAACCCUCAGGCUAUGGGCCGAACUUUGCUUUCAGACCAGCAAGCGAUGACCAUGGAGCCUGUUAUGAGAGAGUUCAUGCCUGACAUUGCGCUCGGCGUAUCAGUCAUGUCCCUGAGGGAGCAGCACAUGGCAGAGAUGGAUAGAGAAGGCCCUCACAGCCCCAUGGGUCCAUCAGGCCACCACCUGCCCCAUGGACCCUGCCCCUCUGCUCAUCUAAGCCAUGGUCAUGGUCCUGGACUUAGCCACUCUUGCAAAAGACACGCUCCCGAACCUAAACUGGAGGCUCAAGCUGAGUUUCCUGACCUAUAUGAUUUCUCCUGUCGACCUGCAACCCCCACCUCCUCUCAUCCUUUGCCCUCCUUUGCAGGACCUGAUCUCUACAGCCACAGCUGCAACCAAUCAGGCUCCUAUCCUCCCCCUUAUGUUUCGGAUUCUCAGCCCCAGGGCCACACGCAGGGACGUACAGCCUCUGAUCCUCUACGGCUGGAUGUCCUCAGUAUAAAGUCUCAAAGACACGAUGGAGUUCUUGCCAGCCCUUCUGGGGCCCAACCUAGGAUGGGACUUAUCCCUAAGGGACGAUCAAAUGAGACAGACCUGACUCAUGGAUUAGGCCAUUUACGGUCCCCAAGUGGAAAUAUGGACAGCUAUGAAGAGAGGCACAUAGGACCUAGAGAUGCCCCAGAAGAAAUGGUUCUGGCUGGAGAAUCAUCUAGGACAGGGCCUCACCAACAGCCUCACAGAAACAAUGUCAGUGAGGAGCUCGUCAGAGACCGCAGGUCACCCAGCAAACCUGACUACCCUUAUAAGAAAUCUGCACUUUAACCCCAGUGAAAGACCAAGGGGUUGAGUUAAGAAAAGGGAAAACAUGAUGAGUGGCUGCUUAUCAAAGAGGAUGGCAAAGCACUAAAUGUGUGCCUGAGAAAAGGGGUUGUAGAUGGUUGCUAUUUAUAGACUGUCCUUUUGUCCUACCUCUAUCACACUGUGCUAUCCAUCACAGAGUCAAGAGUUAGAGAUAUUGGUUAGCUGUGGAUCCAAGUCUGCUUAGUCCUGCUGGUUUAGAGGAUUUCUGGGAAUCUUCUGUGAUGGAGUAAUCUCUUGACUUUAAGAAAGAGGUUGAAUAUUCCGUGUGAAUUCUGCAAGAGGAGGUCAAAAUAUUAUUACAGCUCAGUUAUGAAUUGAUAGUUAAACAGACUUUUUUUAUUUGGCCCUGUUGUCUCUUGCCGAGAAAAGGACAAUAGCAUAAGAAUAUCAGUUUACACAUUUGAACAGUGGCACAACCUGAGGCAAAGUAUUAUGAUAAAGUCAUGAAAAUCGUAUGUAAAUAUGUCAGGCUGUAUCCUUUCCUACCAUGACUUGUAUUGCCAUUUCUUUGUUCAUUUCCAAAAUGACCCACCUGACUAGUUUUCCCCCUCCGAGUCCUGGUUUUGCACUGCUGAUGAGUGAUGGGCUGAGACCUUGUCACACAAUGCAGGAAUUAGAUCUGACAGGAAAUAGGUCAUCAGAGCUCAUCAUUCUCCCGUAACUGAGUCUGAUAAUGGUGUCAGGCGUUAACUAUCACAUCCUUUCUUUCUAACAGAGGCAGUAGCCUGCCAUUUUCUGCUGGGUGGGGUGGGUGGAUUUCAUUGCUGUCUCACAUGUUGACUGAUACACAGCAAUCAAACAGAUUGCUAGGGAUUUGUUGCUCUGGCAGCUGGAGCAAAAGUGUGUGUGUGCCUGUUAUGUCUAUGUGCAAGUAUAACUUUAAUACACACAGGUGUUAAGACAAUCUCAGUACUGUAACACUCCCAUCUUUGGUCAGGUUGGGUUGUACAUAUCAGAGUUUGAGGUCAUUAACCUGUCUUUGGCACAGAGUGCAGUGCUCCAUGUAUUCCCUUUUGCUUUGUUUACCAUCAAGUAAUCAGAUCUAAAGCCUUAACAAGUGCUUAGAAUAUUCAGUUUUACCUACUUCAUUCAGUGAAGUACAAUAUCAUUGUCUUGCAGCCCUUUUUAUUUACUUGACUCUUCUUUUCUCUAGACAUUCACUGCAUUUUUCCCGGUUGAUAGUGGUGGAUUUCACUGAAUUCCAAUGCUAAAACAAUGUGUAUACAUCAAGCCUCUAUUCCCCCUUCACAGGAAACUGUGGAUAUGCAUAGGCAGUGUUUAUAUUGUUAAAUACACCGUUAAGAGACCCUUUGCAGCUGUAGCUCCACAGCCCUGCAUUAUAAGCCUGUUACAGCUUGUAAAAAAACCUCACAUUCAAGUAUAUCAUUGCACUGUAGGAGCCAUAUGUUUAUUAGCUGGAGGGAAAAAGAACAAAUGACUCGAUCAAAAGAAAACCUAUUUUGAAGAAAAGUUGGCGAAUGCUGGCUCAUAUCUCCAAUGGAAAUUGUAUAUAAUGAAUUCCACACAUUCUGAUAUUUUAACAGUUCCUAUCAUAUUUUAGUGGUUGUUGAAGGUCUGUGUUUUUACUGUUGUGGACAACACUGUGUACUUGUCUUUGUCAUGAAAUCUCACCAAGAAUAUGUAGUUAAUAACCUCAAGAUUGUCGCAGAAUCUUUUUUUUUUUCUUCAAUGUUAUGCAUUCAGAGCGUUGUUCAAUAUAGUCGUUGAUGUGGAUUACCAUGUUGGUAGAAAAGCUCCCCCCUUAUUUUUUUUUAUUUUAAAUGCAACAGGAAAAUGUAGAUAUGUUUUCUGCUUUGUAGUGAUGGGAUUGCCAAGCAGGAAAAUCAUUUUUCCAUCUAAGUUGCUUCAUGGGGAAAAAAUGCAAAUCUCCAGAUUCUUCCCCAUGUAAUUGUUUUUCUUUUUUUUCCCCCCUCUCUCUCUCUCAAUGGAACAUCGUCCUGGAAGAAGUCCUUGUUUUUCUUUUUGCUGUAGAGGAGUCAGUGCCUUCCCCUGCCUGCGGCUGGGCUUUUAUUGGAGAAGUGACUUUGAUGUCUAUGCAAGCUCUUUUCUACCAGCUUACCAGCCUGCAUCAAGUAGUUCCUUAAAAUCUCAUGUAGCUCGUUUUGUGUACAGUGUUAUUUAGCACCUUUUUGAGACUGAACCAUCUGAAAUGUGUGAUUGCUUGUGCUGAAUUGUAACAGGUACCUUGUACUUGUAUCAUAGAAACCGUUUGUAGAUUGAUGUUACGUUGCAUUUAGUUUCACUGAAUCUAUUUUUCUACUGUCGCCUCAAAAGGUGCAUAACAGUGGUCAACUUGGGCAUCCUCAAAAUAAACUGUUUGAUAUUGUUA